AUGUCGACGAUACUGAGAACGCUUCGCAAUCUGCGGAGUAUUGGCUUGAAGGAGACAGGAAUACGGUCACCAGCUUCAUACGGUACAGGUGACACCAAGCGCGGUGCUCUCGUGGGCAUUGACAGAUACGGCAACAAGUACUUUGAGAACUUAGAAGAGGAGCUGCCAUUGCGAACAAGAUGGGUCGACUACAAAGAUCAUGAAUAUGACCCGUCACAGAUAGAGCCAGGCUGGCACGCCUGGAUGUCCUACAUGGUCGACAAAGCACCGUCCGAGGACAAGCUCCUACAACGUGCAAUCCGUCCUUGGGAACCAAAAGAGCACGUUCCAGGCAUGACUGCAUCGCGAAGCGCGUACAAGCCGUUCAACACCACCAAGAACAAGUAUGCGCCUUGGACACCCGUUGCAGCACCAAGAUGA